AUGAACAAAAUCAUCAAGAAGAAAGUCCUCCUGAUGGGGAAGGGCGGCGCGGGGAAGACCUCGAUGCGGACAAUCCUAUUUUCGAAUUACCUCCCUGCCCAAACGCAACAGUUGACGGUGACUAUCGGGGUCGACCACUCUCAAAUAUCGUUUCUAGGGAAUUACACGUUAAAUUUAUGGGAUUGUGGUGGACAGAAACUGUUUAUGGAUGCCUUUUUGAACACGCAAAAGUCGUCGAAUUUCAAGAGUGUCGAGGCAUUGAUAUACGUCUUUGACGUGACAUCGGAAACGUUUGAUAAAGACAUCCAAGAAUAUCGCGCGGUCUUAGAGAAGCUGUAUGAAUACUCACCGAAUGCGAAAUUGUUUUCUUUAGUCCAUAAGAUGGACGCAUUUGCGGACGAUGAGAAGGACUAUCACUACUUACAAAUGGAAGGGAAGAUCAAAUUAGUGUCGAAGCCAUUCCACGUCGUGUGCUUUGGGACAUCCAUUUACGACGAUACAUUAUACUUUGCUUGGUCGUCGAUUACGUACUCGUUGAUUCCAAUGAUCAACGAAGUCGAGACGAAGUUGAAUCAGUUUUGUAACUUCAUAGAAGCCGACGAAAUAGUUGUGUACGAGGCGUCAAGUCUCUUGGUGAUGAGUUACUCGUCACGCGUCGAAUUUAGUGAGUCCAGAAGAUUUGAAAACGUGUCGACAAGCAUUAAAAGCUUCGAUCAUAGUUGCGCGGAACUGAAGAAAACAAAAUUCAAGAAUUUCCAAGUGUGUCUCCCUGAUAAGAAAAUAUACUUCGACUCAUUCACAUCAAGCACAUACAUCAUGGUCAUCUUCUCUAAUAAAGCACUCACGUUCGCUAAUGUCGCUUUGAAUGUGAACGCCGUGAGAGACGAAUUUGAAAACUUGAUCGGGUUUAAAGGCGAUGACGACUGCUGA